UCACGUGAUAAGUGUUUAUAUUUUUCGCCAGGUGUAUGUUGUCAGCAAUUAGUAAUCCAUAAAUAAUCCAGACUCCUGCAUUUUUAAAUUUCCAGAUUUUUGUGUUAUUAUUUACGCAAUGUUUAGUACGGUGACAAGCUGGCUUGGUGUUGGGGAAAAGGGUGACCUAGACAUGCCACCAGACGAUGCUAAAGAAAACAAGCAAGUUGAGAAAAACGAAGGAAAAGAAGUUCCGAAUCCUGAAACGGACAACAGUGAGAUCAAGAGUGACACGGACACUCACACUGUCACUGACACAGAUGAAAAAGUGACAGCAGAAAACGAAAAUGAUAUUUCAGCCAAGCAAGCAUUGGAAGAUGUGUCGGCUAAAGCACUGAGUACUGCUAAAGAAUGGGGAAGUUUUUUGUACAGUUUUGGAAAAGCUGCCGGGAAGACAGUUGCAGACACAGCAAAACAACUGAAGACAUCUGUUGAAGAAAAGACAUUGUUGGGUCAUUUUGCGAAGGAGCAGGACAAGUUUGUGGCAGAACACCAGGAGAAGACCAAACACCAGGAAGCGGCCGUCCCACCAUGGGUGGGCUACAAUGAGGAGGAGGUGAUGAAGUCACAGAUACUCGCACUGUCUCAGGACAAACGAAACUUUGUGAGAAAUCCUCCUUCUGGUGUUCAGUUCCAGUUUGAUUUCAAUGCUCUUGAACCUGUUGCUAUGGCAACAUUACAAGAAGAUCCAAAUUUGCAGAAAAUGAGAUUCGAAUUAGUACCAAAACAGGUCAAAGAAGAUGUGUUUUGGAAAAACUACUUUUAUCGAGUUUCCCUCAUUAAACAGUCCACACAGCUAACAUCUCUAGCACAAACUACAGGUUCUACAGGGGAGAACCGGUCUAGUGGCAGCUCUCGUCGGUCAUCAACAGGAAGUGAAAACAAAGGAGAAAGUAACGACAGUGAAAAUGACAACAAAAAAGCAGACACCACAAAUGCCCAGAAGAUCGAGAAAUCCAGCAAGGAGGAUGAACUUGCUGUGGGGAGUCCACCCCAGGACAACGAGUUCAUCAGUGACACAUUCGCAGGAAGCGCUAUCAGUGAGGACGACAUCCGCAAGGAAAUAGAGCAGCUGCGGGUCACGGGGGACAACAAAGACUCUAACGAAGGCGAUGUUGCCCUUGAUGAUGUUGCUCAGUGGGAGAAGGACCUCCAGCAGGAGCUGCAGGAAUACGAGAUGGUCUGCGAGGGCGUGGACGUCAAUGACGAUGACCUGGAGCGAGAGAUCCUGCAGCAGAUAGAGGACGAGGCAUCGUUGUCAUAGCAACAUCUGUGGGUUUUACAUUUUGCGCUUGUGUCCGUCUCUCCUAUCUAUCUUCAGUACGUGUGGGUGAACCUUUCUACUGGUUUAUACAUAUGACCUUAACCAUAAUAUAUUGUAUUUAUGAGUUUGAUGUUUCGUGGAUAACCACAUACAAGUCUUUAUAAAUCUGAUGUUCAUGGAUACAACAUAUUGAUGACAUUGAAAUGUACAGUGGUCAUGCUUGGGUCCUUAUGGUUGUACGGUUACCUGUGUUAGCUAAUUGAGUUUAACUGGUUAGAAAGAGGUUUAUUGUGUUUCAUUAUCGGACCAUGCUAUAAAGAUAGAUUUUGUUAAUACUUGUUAUGUUUUUAAGAUGUAUCUGUUCAAGUGAGGGAGUUGGAGAAAGAUGUGUUGUUGCAUUGCUAGUGUUUUCUAUGUAUCAAUUGAUAUUUGCUCUAACAGCCAUCUGCAAAAUGCUAUCAUGUCUUGUAAAGAGCGAUUAGGUAGCUAUGUCUAUUACGGGGUCAUAUGCGGUUAUCAACAUUAUUCAUGAGCAUACAAACCCUACAGAUAAUAAUGGUACGAGCUGACCUGUAUUAGGCACCAUCUGUCUUAAUACUUCUCAAACCCUACAGAUAACAAUGGUACGAGCUGGCCUGUAUUAGGCACCAUCUGUCUUAAUACACUUCUCAAACCCUACAGAUAACAAUGGUACAAACAGGCCUGUAUGAGGCACCAUCUGUCUUAAUACACUUCUCAAACCCUACAGAUAACAAUGGUACAAACAGGCCUGUAUCAGGCACCAUCUGUCUUAAUACACUUCUCAAACCCUACAGAUAACAAUGGUACAAACAGGCCUGUAUUAGGCACCAUCUGUCUUAAUACACUUCUCAAACCCUACAGAUAACAAUGGUACAAACAGGCCUGUAUUAGGCACCAUCUGUCUUAAUACACUUCCAGGCUGGUAGGUGCAGGGUUCAUAGCCCAGUACUGGCUCCAAUCCAGAGCGAGUUCUUAAGGGCUCAGUGGGUAGGUGUAAGGCCACUACACCCUCUUCUCUCUCACUAACCACUAAUCAACUAACAACUAACCCACUGUCCUGGAUAGAUAGCCCAAAUAGCUGAGGUGUUUUCCCAAGACAGUGUGCAUUGGAUCUAAGCACGGAAAUAAGUUGAAAUGAAAUGAAAAUGCACUUCCCAAACCCUAUAGAUAACAAUGGUACAGGCUGCCUGCAUUAUGCAGUACCUGUCUUUAAGAAGCUACACUGAUGCUAACAUGUGGCUGUUUAACACGGGUCUACUGGUAGAGGUAGUGUGUGCAUUCUAAGUGCAUUGGCUGAUCAGUGUGUGUGUGUGUGUGGGUGUGUUCCAGGAUGAUGUUAGUGGGUGGUGUUCAUCUUGACACAUACUACAUACACUCUAAAAAAAACAAGUACAGAUUUACAUGGUAUUUUGAAUGAAGCACACAAACCAAGAUAUUGCAAAAGAAAUGUGUUGUUUGUCCAGAGUGAUACUGAACGCAGUUAUGUGAGUAAUAGAUGUGUCAUCCAUUAUCCAGUGUUACUGAUUACCAACAUCUUGAUGAUGAAAUCAUCCUGUAUGUGACAUUUGUAUUUCAUUUUAACUUCAGUUUCAUGCUUAUGUGCAGUUACCUUUCAAGCAUUCUCUGUCCUGGACCCACAUCUCAGCAGUCUGGGCUGUCUCUCCAGGAUGGAGGGUAAGGGUGAGUUGUUUGUAGUUAGAGAGAACAGGCCUCAGCGUUUAUUGGAAAUACAUGUACUGUCAGUUACAUGCUCUGUACUCUUCAGAACCCAUCACAAACUGUUCUUUGGUAAUCAUGAUAAUGGUAGAUUAUGUUACAUAAUAAUGGGUAACAAACUUUCAGUUCUGUGAUUUUGCCCACAUGCUCUCUACAUGUUUCUGAGACACUGCGUGAAAUCCAGAGACCUGGUGAAGUCAGUGUCGAGGACUUACACCUCCACAUAGAGCCCUUAAAACUCACUCUGGGAGUGUGUCGAGGACUUACACCUCCACAUAGAGCCCUUAAAACUCACUCUGGGAGGGUGUCGAGGACUUACACCUCCACAUAGAGCCCUUAAAACUCACUCUGGGAGUGUGUCGAGGACUUACACCUCCACAUAGAGCCCUUAAAACUCACUCUGGGA